ACUUGUAGCCCGUCAAUUACGAAAUGACUUUUAAUUCGUUGGUAUAUACUUACACGAACAGUGACUCAUUGACUUCCAAGUCGUUCUAAUUCUACCCGUGUUUUACAAGCUGAGAAUUAAACUCAGCAAGACUUGUAGUGAAACUCAGCAAGACUUGUAGUGAUUCACUGCAAUAUAAAACUAUAACUGCACAAGUAAUCAAUAACAAAAACAAACAACUGAAAUCUUUUAUCCUUCAAGAUGAUUCCCAGAAUAUUUUAUUUCCUUCAGUUUUUCACUCUCUUCACUGUUACUUUUGCUUCCACUGAGGAAGCAACUGCUCUCCUCAAAUGGAAAGCAACUUUCCUAAACCAAAAUAAUUCCUUAUUGGCUUCAUGGACACUAAGUACUGAUUCAUGCAGGGAUUGGUAUGGAGUUAUGUGCUUUAAUGGUCGGAUAAACAGGCUGAAUAUUACGAAUUCUAGUGUUGUUGGUACACUCUAUGAUUUUCCAUUUUCAUCUCUCCCGUUUCUUCAAUAUGUUGAUCUUAGCAUGAACCAGUUUUCUGGUAUCAUCCCCCCUGCAAUAGGAAACCUCACUAAUCUUGUCUAUCUUGACUUGUCGUCUAAUAAGUUUUCAGGCAAAAUCCCACCUCAAAUCGGCUCACUAUCCCAUAGUAAACUUUCUGGUUCAAUUCCUGCAGAAAUAGGGAAAAUGAAGUCACUUGAGAAUUUAUUUUUACAGAGUAAUAAUCUUUCUGGUUUGCCUGGCCUCAAAAUUCUCUACCUUUAUUCUAACCAACUUUCUGGUCCCAUUCCUAAUGAGUUGGGAAAUUUGAAAAACCUCAAUGAUAUGGCGCUAUCCGAUAAUCAGCUUAGUGGUUCAAUUCCAACCACUUUAGGCGAUUUAAUGGAGCUUGAAACUCUCUACCUUUAUUCUAACCAACUUUCUGGUCCCAUUCCUAGUGAGUUGGGGAAUUUGAAAAACCUCAAUGAUAUGGAGCUAUCCUUUAAUCAGCUUAGUGGUUCAAUUCCAACCACUUUAGGCGAUUUAACUGGCCUCAAAAUUCUGUACCUUCAUUCUAACCAACUUUCUGGUCCCAUUCCUAGUGAGUUGGGGAAUUUGAAAAACCUCAAUGUUAUGGAGCUAAACAAUAAUCAGCUUAGUGGUUCAAUUCCAACCACUUUAGGCGAUUUAAUUGGCCUCAAAACUAUGUACCUUUAUUCUAACCAACUUUCUGGUCCCAUUCCUAGUGAGUUGGGGAAUUUGAAAAAUCUCAAUGAGAUGGAGCUAUCCGAUAAUCAGCUUAGUGGUUCAAUUCCAACCACUUUAGGCGAUUUAACUGGCCUCAAAAUUCUGUACCUUGAUUCUAACCAACUUUCUGGUCCCAUUCCUAGUGAGUUGGGGAAUUUGAAAAACCUUAAUGAUAUGAUGCUUUCCGAUAAUCAGCUUAGUGGUUCAAUUCCAACCACUUUAGGCGAUUUAACGGAGCUCAAAACUAUGUACCUUUAUUCUAACCAACUUUCUGGUCCCAUUCCUAGUGAGUUGGGGAAUUUGAAAAACCUCAAUGAUAUGGAGCUAUCCCAUAAUCAGCUCAGUGGUUCAAUUCCAACCACUUUAGGCGAUUUAAUUGGCCUCAAAAUUCUGCGAUUUAACGGAGCUUGA